CGUCUCCUUCCCCAGACUCCCUCUGAGGAUGCUGCUGCUGCUGUUCCCCAUGGCCUUUUUCUUGCCCCCUGGGGCUCAGGCUGGGGAGAUCAUUGGGGGACAGGAAGCCCGGCCUCACUCCAGACCCUACAUGGCCUUUGUGAAAAUAGAGAGAGAAGGAAAAGGAGGAAGCAUGUGUGGAGGGUUCCUGAUCAGGGAGGACGUGGUGGUGACGGCAGCUCAUUGUAACUGCAACCUGGGUAACAUCUCUGUGCUGCUGGGGGCCCACAACUUUGCAAUAGAUGAACUGGGGAGGCAGAAGAUUUCGGUACGUCGCCGAAUCCCCCACCCUGAAUUCAAUGACGAGACAUUUGAAAAUGACAUCAUGCUGCUGCAGGCUGGCCAGAAGGACUGCAGCCCUGCUGGGCAGGUGGAGCCCAGGCCACAGUGGGUGGGCCAGACAGAAGACCUCAGCCCCGGCACGCUGAGGAAUAAGGCCAAGAUGACCCAGACUGUGGGCACCAUCUCCCUGUCCCAGGAGACGGUGAAGAAGGGGACAGUGUGCAGCGUGGCUGGCUGGGGCCAGACCAGUAUGAAGACAAAUGCCCAGCCCUCGCGAACCCUGCAAGAAGUGGAACUGAUGGUCAUGGGGAAAUGUAUGUGUCUGUCUCGGCCCUAUCUGCACUAUGUCCCGUCCAGAAUGCUGUGCGUGGGGGACCCCCAGGAGAGAAAGGCACCAUUCCUGGGUGACUCCGGGGGCCCGCUUGUCUGUAAUGGGAAGGCUACUGGUAUUGUCUCCCAUGGCACUGGUGACGGGUCAACUCCCAGUGUGUUUACCAAGCUCUCCAAAUACGUAUGCUGGAUCAAGAAAACUCUGCGCAAGCUGAAGCCUUAGAGGGGAGUGUCCCUCUCUAGUGUGAGUGGAGAGAUAGAUGGGUAUUGCAGAGCGAUGGCUGGCUGGCUGCCUAUUGCAGAUGGAUGGAUGGAUGGAUAGAUGUGUAGCCAAUGAUUUUAGUUUUUUGCUCAUUUCUUGUGUGAUGUUAUGAUUAAUUAACGUGUUAUGCCGUACAUAAUCUUUCUAUGCUCAGUAGAGUUAAGUUGUAGCAUUAUAGAAGUAUAAGAUUGAUCAGUCGUCGAAGUGAUAAUUAGGUAUUAGGUAUCUAAAUAAGGAGGUCUCAAACGCAAGGCCUACAUGCUGAGGCCUGUAAGAUUUUAGCUUAGCCAUAUUAGGCCAUAGGCUUAAGCAAUGCUUGACAUCAGUAAGUGACCAAAGAAUGACCCUAUGCCCCAAGAUAAUGGGAAAAGAUGUACCCAUGGGGGAUAUUGUAAAAAUUAACAGUAAGAGUAGUUUUUGCUUAUAAAAUAUCCAAUAGUCGGAUCUUUCUACCGCAUGUCCUAACCGCAAGGUGUACUAUGUGUGGAAAUGCUAAUGAGGAAUAGUUGGAAUCGCGUUAUAAAAAGAGGGUGCCCAGAUUAGGAAAACUGAGCUCCCUAUUGGAUACCCCAGCAGGAGCCACCCCUCCAUUGAUGCCGGCAGCUAGAGGACAGGGAGUGAAAUUAACAAGCAAACAUGGCGGAGAUGAAGGCGCCAACAGAGCUGAGAUACUACAGCAAUGGGUAACACAGUCAGGGGAUGGGUGGAGGGAAGGAGGGGAUAGGUGGGGAAGGAGGGAAUGAUGGAGACUUGCAUAUAUGUAGGGAGAGCAGGAGGGAUAGAAGGCAGGAUGGAUAGAUAGAAGGGGUGAAUGGACAUGGAGGAUGUAGGAGAAACAGAGAUCUAGAAUCAUAGAAUAUCAGGGUUAGAAGGGACCUCAGGAGGUCAUCUAGUCCAACCCCCUGCUCAAAGCAGAACCAAUCCCCAACUAAAUCCUGAGACACACUGCUAUAAGAGGCCUGGAGUAAAGUCUAAGGCCUGAAAUAAAAUCAGACUCUGCUGAUACAAAGUAAAUUUAGCAAGAUUCAGGCUACAAGCAAAAGGGAAGCCCUGUGACUAAGCAGAUGCCUGCUUCAGGAUCACUAUCGGAUACAUGAACUUGCCAAGGACAGGGCUGGCUUGGCAAAAACACAAGCACACCUAGGCAAUAAGUAUUCACACAAACACAUUCCAGAAGGAUCGUGCCUGAACACCCCAAUAAAAGUUAAACACUGUGAUGGGUUCCCUCAUCAGGACCCGCUUGGGACUGUCACUUGAUGCGCUGAGAUAUCACUGAGUCUAACUUUUCUCCCAGGCUGGGCACCCCUUGUCUCUGUCUUGCUGAGCCAGACACUCCAGGCCUCCUCCAGCACAGACACAGAGACUGGGCCACACCCCUCUGCAGAAUACAGAUACUAAGUUUAGCUCAGCUCUGGGAAGGUUCAGUUAAUAGGGACUUUUCUCAGCACCCAAUUGUACAGCCCCAAUGGGCCCUGCACCCCAGAAAGAUCUGCCUUACACUGUAUAAAGUUUAAUACAGUCUAAGUUCGUAUUGUUCGCCCUCUUUUUCGAAGUAAGGAGAGAUAUACACAGACUGUUUUGCCCUCCAGGUAGCAAUUACUUACACUGGGUUUAUUAAUAAACAGAAGUGAUUUUAUUAAGUAUAAAAGAGAGGAUUUAAGUGGUCAUAAGAGAUAACACAGAACAAAGUAAGUUACUAAGCAAAAUAAAACAAACACGUGAGGCUAAGCUUAACACACUAAGAAACUCGUUACAUGUAAUAUCUCAGCCUCCAAGAUGUUCCAAUAAGCUUCUUUCACAGACUAGAGUCACUUCUAACCCAGGUCCAAUCCUUCCUCCUGUUCAGUCUCUCUUAGUUCCAGCAGACAUCUUAAGUGAUAAGCAGGGGCAUCUUCAUGACUGGCCGCCUUCUUGUUAGGUUUCCCUCCCUUAUACAGCUUUUGCAGAAGGUGGGAAUUCUUUGUUUGAGUUUAAACCUUUUCCAUGUCUCUGGUGGCAAAAUACCACAUCCAAGAUGGAUUCCAGCAUCAGGCGACACAGACAGAGGUCUUUGCAGCCCCCCCCCCCCCCGGCCCCUUCUUACAGGCAUUCCAUAGACGUACAGGAAAACAAAACCAUCCACAGCCUAUUGUUUUGGUAAAUGGGGCAAUCAAGUUGCUAACGUACUAAUGACCCUCACCUAGUAUGACUACAUCAGUAACACAAGUUUAUACUUCAUAUUCCUAACUUUAAAUAUAAGAAUGAUACAUGCAUACAAAUAGGAUGAACACAGUCAGUAGAUUUCAGAGUAGCAGCCAUGUUAGUCUGUAUCCGCAAAAAGAACAGGAGUACUUGUGGCACCUUAGAGACUAACAAAUUUAUUUGAGCAUAAGCUUUUAUGUUCUCUGUAUGUGUAUACAUAUCUCCGUACUAUAUGUUCAAUUCUAUGCAUCUGAUGAAGUGGGCUGUAGCCCACGAAAGCUUAUGCUCAAAUAAAUUUGUUAGUCUCUAAGGUGCCACAAGUACUCCUGUUGUUUAUUCAGUAGAUUAUAACUUUUUCAAUAAUACCUUAUGUGGUGAAUGAGGUGGGAGGACACCAUUUCUCUGGACAUUCCAGCCAUUCAGCUAGCUAAAAUCUUUUCUCAGUAGUGUUAACUCUUUAACCUAACCCUAAUUGCCUUGCCUACAAGGGUUAAAACCAUAGACAGUGAAUCAGAGAGAGAUCCCAGGAAGAGAGGGACUCUAUCCCAGUCCCAGGAAUGCUUAGGGAAGCAGGAAGUGAGUUGGCAGGAGAGCCAAUGAAAACAGAGUGUGGGCUUUUGAAUUGGGAACAGCAGCCCUUCCUCUUUCCUAUUGGCUGGGGAAGCUGUGCUCUGUGGUUUUAAACCCUUUUUUUAGUUGCUCUAUAACACCUAGCAACCAAGCAAUGUUCUGCCAGACCUGUUUUCUUUUCGUUUAAUAAAAAUCACUCUUUUAAGAUCA